CACACAGACUCAGACAAGAGGACUUCACACACCUCCGCACACCUCUCUACAGCCAAGCUCUACACUACAAAAUACAAUAAUGUCCAUUAGCCGGAAAAACUGGUCCGCUUUGUCAACGCUGGCUCGGCAGUGGACUGUGGAGGAUGAGGAAGAGAUUGAGAGAGAGAAAAGGAGGAAGACUAGGGAGCCUACAGCAGACACGGAUGAAAGUCCCCAUGAAGAGAGUGAACCACAAACCAGUAGCGAUGCCAGGCCUGCUGAUGCUGGAGACUCCAGUGCUGACUCUGGCGGCGGUCUGGAUCAGUUGCAGUUGGACUUUGUGGAGAUGUUACGGGUCCGUGAUGAACGUCGGCGAAUGAGGCAUGUCGAAACUCUGAGGAAGAAUAAGGAGGAAGGGGAAGAGGGUGAACAGGACAUCCUGGAUACUGAGGCCCAUGUGGAGCUGCUGGGGGAAACACAGGAGGAUGAACUGUUCAAGAACAUUCAGCACUGCGUGAAGAACAUUUUGUCACCAGAACCUCCCACCAACUUCACAGACACAGAGACGCAUGGAAAGCAAGAAAACCAAGACACGAACCAAGAUUCAACACCAACAAACUCCCAAACUCAUUCAAAUGCAUCCCGAAAGUUUGUGAGCUCUCUCUCCAUCUCCUUUGACAAGAGUCCUUCAUCACCUCCUGCUAUCAACAGAGUGGUUUCUCCUCUGAGCCCCAAGUCUCCGCUCCCUCAGUCUCCAGGAGCGGAGCCACCACACAGUCCUGCCCACUCCGGCUCCAUGAGCCCUCCCACAGCAAAUGGAGACACACCGAGACAUGAAAAUGGCUCAGCGAGUAACUUCGAGGCGGCCAUGAAGCCAGCGUUCACACGGCAGAGCUCCAGAACCAUGUCCUUCAGGAUGAUGAAGAAGAAGGAGGAGGAAAACAUGCCGCUACAGAGAAGUGCAAGUGUGAGGGUUGCAUCGAAGAUCUCUGAAUCCAGUAAGACCAACCAGGGUCCCAACCAGGAGGAGGAGGAGCAGCAGCAGACGCCGUUUCAGAGGAACUCUCGACAGAGACUGUCAUCUCGCUCCAUUCAGGAGAAAAUGGAAAGACUAGCGCAAGCAUCACAGAAGUGGGAGAUAUCCAAAUCCCCAAUGGUUCAUAAGACGGUGUGUUUGGCGGAUGAGGUUUCGCGAAAGAGGGAGCUGUUUGAGAAAGAGCAGGAUGGAGCAGAGAAAUCACAUCUGUUCUCCAAGCAGGAUUUUCGGAAUUUAUCUUCAGGAAUCUCUGAUCGGAUUAAUCGUUGGGUUCAGAAGAAAACAUUCAACAUCUCAUCAUCUCCUACGGAUCUGAGACAUGUGAACAUCUCCAGUAAGAAAAGUCUGUUUGAAAGAGCAGAAGAGCAGGACCACAAGUGAAGCUCAAGCGGCUAAAUGCAAACUUUCCUGAGAUGCAUCUGAUAAUUGAUCUCUGAAGAUUUUGAAGGAAUCGACUCUCUCAGACAGUCAGUGUUGAGGACUGUCUCUAAACUCCUUCUCCUUCUGCUUCUCUACAUUAUGGUUAAUUUAAAAGUACUGAUUAAGAUUAUUGGGUUAAAUUGAAGGCUUGCACUGCUGGUUGUUUCUUUGAAAAAAAUGUGGACUGCAUUACAGAGUCUUUAUAGGCGAAACAGAAAGUGCAGAUCAGAGGGUUCAUCUGACAACAGGAACACACUGAAACUGAUCCUUUGUGUUUUUACCACUCCUCUGUGAUGAGAAAUAUGAGAUAUGUGUAAGUUAUCAGGAGAAGGCUGUCAAGAGCACAACUGUAAUAUCAUAAAUGUCUGUUUCAAUGAACUGGAAAUUGAUGUUUAAUGAAACUGUAAACUGACAUCUGAAACUGACCUGUGCUUUCACUGCCGCUGUUGUUUCAACUUGCCGGAGACUUGAGUCACAGUCAGGAAAUGUAAUUCAAUGACUGACAAGCUAAAUGUGUCCUAUCAAGCCCUUUACUAACUGACUUCAAUCCAUUCCACUUCAACCAAAGCCAACGUUUGCUUUGUUUUUUCUUCUUUUGGAAAAACUGAAAGAUCUGUCGUGUAAUUACUGUUUCUGCCCAGAGGGAUUUGCUUGUCUAUGAAUAAAAAAUUUUAUAUCA